AUGGCAUUCUACCCAGAGCCCUUUUUCCUGGACGCGGGGUCACAGCAAUUCCAGGAUGAGACAUAUUUCACCAACUUUCAGUCCGACAAUGAGGAACACGACCUGAUCGCAAAGGACCUCGACGGGUGGUCGAUACCCACCGAGACUCAACCCAUGCAAUCGAAAAGCUACGCCAUGCAGUCCUAUCUCAAUGCUCCUUACCUCAGUCCCAGCCUGGAUCCAUUCGACCCGGCGGCCCUGCAGACAGUUGGACCAGCUCAAUUGCAGCUCAACAGCGGCUCCGAAUUGCCCAUGGAUUACCAGCCUUGCCAGUCGCCCGAUACAGAGCUUGGACCCCCAAGCGUCAAGGAUGACUGCAGCGACAUCUCGCCCUUGUCGUCGCCCAGCCUGGCCGACACGGAGACAUAUAUCUCGAAGAAAUCCCCUCCCCGCAGCCGUGCCGCUGCCCGCUCUUCAGUGUCUUCGCAGCCGAAGAAAGGACGACCACGGAAGAAGCGCAACCAGUCCAACUCAUCCAGCGAGGAUGAAUCGGCCAUUCUCAAGGCCAAGUUCGCCCAUUCCGUGAUCGAGAGACGGUACCGCGACAAUCUCAACGGCAAGAUGAUGCAGCUCCACCGUGUGCUCCUGGCCGCCGAGACCAAUCAGACCUCGUCCGCCUCUCUCUUCAAUACCUCACCCACAGGUCCCGCGCUGUCGGGCAGAGUCCGCAAGUCCGACAUCAUGGCCCGGGCGAUCAACUAUAUCCACCAGUCCGAGGUUGAGAUGCGGCACCUGGACGACGAGAUCAAGCGCCUGCAGGACCAAGUCGGUCUGUUCCAGAAGCUCGUCAACUGCGAUGAUAUCUCCUUACUCAAGGAUAUGGUAGGGCUCGGCGUCCAGAAGCCAUGA